UAGAAUUAAUAGGGAAUUAUCGAAUGGCUGAAAUGGGCUGAAAUUACAGCAAUGUUCCCCAUGACAUAGAAUUAUUGAAUGGAAUAAUGGAAUAAGACUCUCGAAUUGCUGGGAAAAGAAAAUCACAAACUGCGAUCAUCUAUCUUCAUGGUGAAGUCAAGAGUCACGUUUGACAAACACGUUCGAGUGAUUUGAUGACAAGGUUUAGAUGAACGUUACGCAAAAGCAUUUGAAAUUUUCUGGGUUGGUUUUAAUGAUUUUGUUCUAAAACCUGUAAAGCAAAUACAUAAGUGAUGCAGAAUUCAAAUAACUUCAUCGAUGUGUUGUAAGAUAGCUUGGGAACUCAAAAUAACAACACUAAAAUUCAAUGAAGGACAACUUAAUCAAAAGACAAUAUACUUCCAUGAAGGAAAAGAAAAUAUCAUCCAAGACUUCCAAAUCAAAAUGAAAAAAAAUCAAAGCAAAACAUAUAACAACGAUUCGUACUCUAAGGCUAGCUCAUUUAAUGAUAGUUUCAAAGGUUAUAAUACAAAAAAUAAAAAAACAUUAAAGGAGAAUUUUUCGAAUCAUCCCAUCACAAGAAACUUGCCCUCGUCAUCUUUUCAUGAUAGUAAUCACUUGGGGAUAUCUAUGGAUACAGGACAUUUUUCCAAUAUUUGUAAGCCAAGACAAAUGGGUAGAACAGUUGAGUCAUCAAGUGGGGACAUGCAUGGAUGUGGUGACAUUUUGAUUAAUGAAAGUCCAAACAAACGUGGUUUUACGCAGGCCACGUUUUCGUCUGGCAUUAAAGACAAUAAAGCAAAAUCAGUGGAACAAGUGUAUUCACAUCAACGCCAUGAUAAUUCUCAUAAACUUCAGGAGUUGGGUGCUCGUUGUCAUGAAAGUAAUGCCACGACUGGACAUGAUACAGCGUACCCAAACAUUGAUGAAGAAAAAUUAUUUAAAGGCUCUGGAAGUAGUGAACAUUGUGAUAGAAACAAUGAUCGCUUGAAGAUGAAAGAAAAAAGUACAAAUUUGGAGGAAGAUGGAGAUAAAUUAUUUGCCGACGAAGUAUGCCUAGAUGAACCACUUCACAAGAGAAAGUCUCGUUUAUCUACCUCAAGUUUUAUAAGCAAUAUUGAAAAUAACUAUUGGGGAGAGAAUAAGAAAGAUCAGAACUUGCACUUACGAAAAGAAGAAAAACUUUCGCGGGGCAGUGGAGGAAUGAAUAAAGAAACAAUGGAGGAUUAUCUGUGUGAAGAUACAUGUGCGACAGAAAAAAAAUUUAAUACUAAUGAACCUUCGGUAAAAAAUAAUGACAAAAAUGCUGAAGUUAAGGAAGACAAAGCUUCAUCAUACAUUCCGAAGAAUACGAACAAAAAUGAUGAUGGUGUGAAUGAUGCUAAAUUACCCAGACGCGUUGCGGGCAGCAGGCGAAAUAAACCGAAGAAAUCCCGAGCUUCAAAAGAAUCAAAACGAAUACCACGUCCUACACAGUCACACGAACAUUGCGUGUCACGUGACGUAAAUGCAUCGAUGGCAAGAUUUGAGGAGAAGUUCUUGGUUUUUCUUGGCCUCGUGAAAAGCGGUGUUCUCUCUGCGCUGUCAAAUUUUCCUCACUACUUCAGCGUGGCAUGGUCUAUGAUGUCUUAUAUUCUACGAUUAAUCAUCGUACUUUUUCUCAUGUUGAUGUUGCGCAUGUGGACGAUUGUGAAGAGCUGUGCUGGAAAGACAUUUUCCUUGUUGCGAUGUAUGAUUUUCAAGAAACAACCAAACAUUCCAAAUACUUCUACUGACCAGCAGGCAAAACGUCGAAACUUUCAUGAAAGCACCCAUUCGACUCCUCAAGGAGCUGAUGAAUUAGUUUCCAAACUCCUCUCUUCGCGUGAUCUCAAUGCAUAUCAAGUCCUUGGCGUGUCGUCCAUGUCUACCGACGAAGAAAUAAAGCGAAAGUAUAGAGACAUGGCGAAGAUGGUCCAUCCAGAUAAAAAUACUCAUGAAGACUCUGGUGAAGCAUUUCAGAUAUUGCAAACCGCCUUUGAGGCCAUUUGUGAUGAGGAAAAACGAAAGGCUUAUGAAUGUGCAAAUCAAAGAGAAAAAGUUGAGGAAGAAAUGGAGAAAUUCUUUCAUCAUUUUAUGGAUAAGGUGAAGAACAAUGUGAUGUGUAGUGCUUGUCAUGGUUUUCACCCACGAGUAGCCACAAAUCGCUCUGUAUUUGCUGCGCGAUACUGCGCAAAAUGCAAUGAAAGACAUCCAGCUAAAGAGGGUGACGUUUGGGUUGAAACUAGUUAUUUUGGAUUUAAGUACUUCUGCUAUGUAUGUAAAGAUGGUGUGGUGUACGAAGUCACGGAAUGGGGCGCUUGUCAUGGAUUACUCAAACUUCCCCCAAAUGCUCACCGUGUAUAUGUGUCAGUCACAUCAGAACAACGUCCACCUUGGGAGAACAUUUUUGACGACAAACGCACGACUUGCAACAGUCAAAAUAAAGCUCGCAACAAUGAGAAGAAACGAAGAACAGGAAAAGGAAAAUCUAGCAAAAAUAAAAAGCGAGUUUAGAAUCCUUUAGCCGUUUAGUCCGUUGAGUUAUUAUUAUCGUGGAAUAAUUUCAGGCAUGCGCAUAAUUAGUAUGACGUAAGCAAUUUCGCAUUGCGUUUAAGGUUGGGUAUGUUGAUGCAUAAUUUUCACACAACUUUUUCGUGUGUAUAGAAUUAUGAAAGUUCGGAUAAGACUUUGGUUUUUAAUUGGAUGGUGACUUACGUAACAGUCAAUGAAUUUCAUUUAGGUUUUACUAGGAGUCAUUCAUCAUAAAUACUUUUUGUAAAAGUUUCCUUAUGUUUGGAGGUAACUAAAGCAUGUAACAGCUAUGAUGGAUGUUUCGUACAUAGUAAAAUAGUAUAUUGUACCAGAGAUAACUACAUAAAAACUAUUGUGCUUAAAGAUUUUUUCUUAGCUUCUUACAAGGACAUAAAGGAUGAAAUAAUUAUGAUGGAUUCAUAAUAAAGAAACGUUGUGUUAGAGAUAACUUUAUUUUAGGGAAUAGGGUAUGGGUAUAUGUAAUAGUUGUAAUGAAUUUAUCAAUUACAAGUUGAAAAGUUUUUCAGUGAA